AUGUGGGAUUUGGGAAAAGGCAAGAUUAGGUGUACACUUUGGGAGGAUUUUGCAACUAAGUUGGUCAAGCACAUUGAAGAGCAGCCAACAUCAGAGUACAUCCUCAUUAUACAGUUCGCUAAGUUCAACCUCUUUAAAGGUGCAAUGGGCAUAUCAAAUACCAAUCAUAACUCAAUUCUCUACAUCAAUGCGGACUUCCAAGAGGUUAAGGAUUUUCGCAAGAGUGUCAUCAUGGCUGCGGUUCCACGUGCAAACCAACUAUCCCAAAUUGCUGCAGAUCCAGCAUACUCUAUAGAGGAUGAUCUCAUCAACAACUCCAUUUACAAACCCAUUUCUAAACUCAAGGCAUCUAUUGAGAAUGGGAGCUUUUUGACAAUUGGAACUGUAAUUGCAAUUGACCCCAAGAACGGUUGGUGGUACAAAAGUUGUAAGCAUUGCUUUCAUUCACUAAGGGAGGCUGAGGAUUCCUACUAUUGUGCCAAGUGUGCCACCUAUCCAACCACUCACACACCUAGGUAUAGCAUUAAUAUGAAGGUUGCUAAUGAUACUGAUACAGCUGCAUUCCUUCUUUAUGACAAGGGAGCGGCCAAAUUUCUUGGAAUCUCUGCCUCUGACCUGCGGCUUGCACAGCUAACCAGGGGUGGAGUAAAUGAGGAAUACCCGAUAGAGCUCAAUUCCUUUAGGGGUAAGAAAUUCCUUUUCAAGGUUUCCGUCAAGAUGGAAGAUAUAAAUUCUUUCCAGCCUUGCAAGGUCAUUGUGAUGAAGCUGACGGAUAAGAUAUCUCUUAUAACAAAAUUUUUAGGAAAGCAUGAUGUAUACCAGCCAAACCUUGCAUUGGAACACUCAGAACUGUUGAGCCUGCAAACUGCUUCCACCGACACGCCAAAGGGCGCGAGUUCUCCUUCUGUUGAGGCUUUGGUGGACAACUCUAACGAUGCUUUCUUGACCCCCAAGAGAAACAUUAUUAGUGGUGGAUGGUCUAAGCAACUCAUUGAUCUUUAUCCAGACUCUGCUAAUGGAUCAUCAUCGAAGUGUAGAAGCUCGAAGAUGGCAUUCCCAGCAUUGAUAAAGUCUACCAAGAUUAGUCUGGAUAGAUUCUCAAUCAAAAUAUAUGGUGGACUAAUGAUCAAGCUCAAGUAUCAUAGUAUAUUUCCCAGUAUCAAUGUUGCGUAUAAUUAUGGUUUCGUGUUGUGUCCUUUAAUGAAGUGAGGUCGUUGUUUUUUUGGCAACUGGCAUCAGGGACUGAUG